CUCAAAAGACUGCAAGAAAUGCCAACACAAGUCAGCCAGUUCUGAAGUCCUGGAGCCAACUUACAGGCCCGAACCUGUUCAUCCACAGCAAGUGGCACGCUGCAAGAACAAAUGUUGCUGUUGGAGAUGUAGUGUGGCUCUGCCACCAAAAUGCAUUACGGGGACAAUUCAACUUCGCAAGAGUGGUCAGCGUGACAAGUCCAAAGGCAUUGUCCAGGAUGUCCGUGUGAAAUGCCCUCCAAGUAGACAUGUGAAAUUCCCUCCAAGUAGAUGUGCUCAAGUGAAGAUUCGAAAGCAAACCAAAAAGUCCUGGGUCCCGCAAGGUACCACACUGCAUCAGGAUAUGCGACUACUCUUCGUCCAAGUUAGCAGAAACCACCUGGCCUGAUGGGUGCCAUCUUCCUGUGUCACUCCAUUCCAAGAUCGAGUGGGAAGUGUUGCUGCAGGUGGUGUCUGGGCACGGACUCUCUGAUUGACAACCUCCAUAGGUCCUCGCUGCACUGGAUGUGUGGGCUUGGCAUGGGCAUAUGCAUCUUCUUCGUGAUGGAUGAGAGGAGGAACCGACGCAUGGCCUCCUCAUCGGCUUCUAUGUUCACCAUGGCACAACUCAUGGGAAUGUUCUACUCUGUAGCUGAAAUGAACCCCACCAGAUCCUUCACCCCUGUUAUGUUCAAGAGGAACUUCAUGAACCACUGGGUGUACUAG